AUGCACGGGCUAUCACUUGGACCGAAGCCACAAUUGCCGUUGGGAGUUUACGAUCGUCCAGAUGACCCUAAAGUCGAAGUCGAAAAGAAUGAUAAGCGACCUCGCUCGAUUAGCAUCUCGUGGGAGGUGAAGUGGAAUGACGAAUCGCCAACGCGGAGGAUCCAGGUACACGUAGCGAAACAAGGGUCCGUCACCCCAGCUGCUCACUGA